AUGCUCCUCAUUUUCUUCAUUGCCCUUGCCUUGGCUAAUAAAUGUACUUUUGAUGAACAUAUUAGUGAUAAUACUAAUUAUCAAGAUGGUUCAGUUUAUCAUGAAAGAUAUUGUGAUACUUUGUGCCCAUGUGAAGGAGAUGAUUGUGAAAUGGACUUUAGCUCUACUCCAUCUAGAGAGAUUGUUAAUGUAACUGGUCAAAUUGGAACUCUUAUUACAAGAGCCUAUGAUCUUACCUUUGCUAUUUAUGUUAAUGAUGUUUUUAAAACAAAUAAUGUUAUUUUAAAAUCACAAAGAAUUCAAUAUAAACUUGCUAACUCAUCAACUAUAACAAUUGGUUCUCAAGCAGUUGAAGAAAAUAACACUGUUGCUACUGGAAAUACUAUCUUUAGAUGUGCUGGUACUUGUACAAUUUCUGAUUCUACAAUUGCUAAGACAGGCAACGAAUCUAUUUCAUUCAUUUGUGAAAAGGAUUUGAGUGAAGCUAGUUAUAAUAUUAUUAAUACUGUUUUCACUGUUUCCUUUGAUUCUGAUUCAUUUUCUCAUAUCUAUGCUCGUGAAAAUGUUAUUUUCUCUGUUUUAGAUAAUGUUAAAUUUAUUGUUGAUGCUACUGAAGAAAAAUUAAAUGAAAACGCUGAAGUUGCUAUUCCAUUAAUGUACAAUGCUAAAGGAUUCCCAGAAAAAAUGACGGUUUCUGUUUCUGCUGAAAAUAAAGAAUAUGAUGUUGUAAAUCAAUGUGAUGGUCAAUGGUUAGUUGCUGUUCCAAAAGGAACUAAUGUUACUAUUGAUUGUUUUGACCCAACUGUUACUACUGGUUCUGAAUCCCUUGAAACAGGAUGUGAAAUUGCAUUCAUUGUUAUUAUUUGCCUUGCUGAUACUACUUUACUUAUAGUCCUUAUUGUCUUUGGUACUUUAGCUCUUUUGCCAAUGAUUAAAAGAAAACUUGGAAAAGGAGAAGAUGAUUACAACAAGUUCGAUGAAUUAACAAAGUAA